CACUUGACAACAGCGGGUCCCGGAAUCUCGUACAUUUCGUGGGCCGCAAUGGCCCUGGGGACCUGCCCGCCCCUCGUCCUUGUCCUGGACAGGCCAGGCACAUGCCUGCUUGGCCUCGUUGCGCCGCCGGCAUCGAGAGGCAAGGUGACAGCUGGUGCAAGUUGUAGUGCCUUGCAUGCCGGGAGCGCGCCGCGUGUCCUUGGCCGCGCUGGGGUGGGUAUGUCCUUGAUUGUGCCUGGAGGGCUGCGUUUGAGAUGUAAGAAGUUAGAGUGGCCCGCUUGCAACCCGCACACUACUUGUCAUCAGAAGGGAGUUGUCCAAGAGAGCUUGAUGUCGCAGCCGGACGCACUGCUACUGUGAGUGGCGUUUCGUGUAUGGCCUGGUUUUAGCCGCGAGGGGCAGGUGUCCCACCGUGGCCCGUCGGUUAAGCCAUUCCAGAGCGGAGAGGCAUUUCCCUACUCCGAAAAGAAACUACCGACCGC